AUGUCCAAAUACCCAAUGCAUCCUUACGAUAAUCAUAUACCAACAUUUGUGACUACUCCCUUACACACAGCUGCAAGGGAGGGAAAGAUCCAUUUCGCCAAGGAGAUACUAAACUUAAAGCCUUCAUUUGCUUCGAAGCAAGACCAUCUUGGGCAUAGUCCCCUCCGUUUGGCUUUGGAGGGGAAGCACCUGCAGGAAUUGCUUAGUCCCCGUGAUUUGGAUUUGGAGGAGAAGUACCAGGAACUUGUAACAUGGUUGAUAAAACAUGACAGAGAGCUUGUCCGUGUUAAAGCUAGGGGGAUGGUUACUCCUUUGCACUAUGCAGCUCAACUAGACGAUGAAUCCAAUUUGAUAGACUUUUUGUAUGUUUGUCCAUCUUCAAUCGAAGAUUUGACUGUUAAAUCUGAAACUGCUGUCCAUGUAGCCCUCAAAAAGGGGAGUUCCAAAGCAGUUAAAGUCUUGUUAGGAUGGCUUCUACACUUCGACAAAGAAGAGAUCCUGAACUGGAAGGACGAAGAAGGAAACAAUGCAUUGCAUACUGCAGUAUCUGCAAAUCAAUCUAAGGCGGUGAAGCUGUUGAUUGGAUGUAUGGAAGUGAAUAAAAAGAACAGUAAAGGCUUGACAGCUUUGGACAUGUUCUACGAUGGCCAAGGUCAAGGUUUGGUAGAUGCAGCAGUUGGGGACAUUCUACUUGCUGCUAAAGCUAAAACUGCAUCUCAACUGCAUCGUCCGUCUUGA